AAAGUUUUCAUUAUUGUUUCCGAAAAAUUUCGCGAAGUCAAGCCGCCAGAUGCUUUUGUCUCAUCGUAAAAAAGCUUGUUGAAAAUUGAUUUCAUAAUGUUUAAAUCAUCAUUGUUCUUAGCUGGCCACUUAUUUUCUAGUCAUCACCGUGAAUUAUAUCGAAGAUUGCAUACAUCAUCGUUAUGUUUAGUUGCUAAAGUUGAUUAUUAUAAAGUACUUGGUGUAACGAGAAAUGCUUCACAAAAAGAUAUCAAAAAAUCAUACAUUGAAUUGGCUAAGAAAUAUCAUCCGGACAUCAAUCCUGGUAAUAAAGAUGCUGCCAAACUUUUUCAAGACAUAGCCGUUGCUUAUACGGUUUUGUCCAAUAAAGAAAAACGUAGUCAAUAUGAUGCCCAAUUUGAAAAGGAACAAAAUCAAACAUUCGAAUCGUUUCGACGUUCAUCAGCUUCUUCUUAUCAAUCACCGUAUGAAACAUUUCAUUCUUCAGUCAAUCCUGAAGAAUUAUUUCGGAAAAUAUUCGGUACCGAUUUUCAGGAUCGUUUCACUAAAGAAGCCGAUCGUGAAUGGAUCGAUUAUUCUGGUACUGAACAUGGCCACGCUCCAACUGAGACUACAAUUAUAAGAUUAUCAUUUCGUGAAGCUGCAAAAGGCUGUGAAAAAUUGGUUGAAGCUCGAACAUUAACUGUUUGUGAGAAAUGUAUGGGCAUCGGCAGUGAACCUGGAAAAUCAAUUCAAGUCUGUCCAUUCUGUGAAGGCCUUGGUUUUGAAAUUGUCGAAGGUGUUGAUGAAAGAUUCCGAGUAACAUGUAGAUUUUGCAAUGGUAAAGGCCAUAAUGUUGUUAAUAAAUGUAACAACUGUCUGGGCUACGGACGAACAUUGGUCGAACGUAAAAUCAUAAUUCCUGUACCUCCAGGUGUAACAGAUGGUGAAACAUUUAAAGUUAACGUGGAUCCAUCUGAGGGAGAUUUCGCACGUGGAACCAUAGGAACACAACAGAUUUACAUUAAGUUUCUAGUGGAAUCAUCUGAAUAUUUUUCCGUAGACGGAACUGACCUUCAUUCAUCAGCAUCGAUAUCGAUACCGCAAGCAGUGUUUGGUGGUGAAAUUAUUGUCGAUGGAUUAUGGUCAGAGGAGAAGAUUACCAUUCCUCAUGGAUCAGAUUCACAUACGAUGAUAAAAUUAGAUAAUAAAGGUUUGAAAGACAAAUUUAAUUCAUCAUAUGGCAAUCAUUAUGUGCAUCUCAAAAUCAUUGUACCUAAAAAACUUACGACGGAAGAGACUCGUUUUUUGCAAGAAUAUGCCAAAAUCGAAGAUUUAACUAAUGGUUCGAUUCAUGGAAUUCAAAAAGAUACGAGAAAAUCAACGAGUAAAGCAGGUGAUCAUCGUAAUACCACUGAUCCCGAUAUCUCCGAUCAUGAACGUUUGCAACAAACACAAGCGAAUUUUUCAAUUGUGACUAUCUUUAAUGGUUUCAUUGGUGAACCAAUAAAAAAUUUUUAUCGAAUAUCUAAAGUGAUUUUAGGGGAAUUCAUGUCCAAAAAAUAAAAUUUAAAAAAUUUA